AUGGCGACUCCAUAUUCGAAUCAGGCAGAAAUCGCCCCUCAAAUUUGGUUGUUUCUUGAACAGCACCGGCAGCUCAACAAUAUUUCCUUCCCCAGACUGAGGAAUCUGAUGGUCAAUCUGGUAUCCCUGCCCACUGGUCAUAUCCCCAUAUUGUUUCUGCUGCCGACGUUGGCACUAGAAAAUAUUAGCUUAAAAUGGGAGGCAGAGACCGAAGGGCUUGUCGUUUCAUCGUUCCUUCACAUCCUUUCCUCAAGAUCCCCAAAUCUGGUCGGUCUACAUCUAGAGGGUCCUAUAUAUAGCGACACUUUAGAUUUACAGAAUGCGCACUGCUUCCCCAAACUCCGUGAUGUAACGCUCCACUUUCGAGGCUAUAAAAACUCCUCAAGAGCGCCCGAGAUUGAUCACUAUUGGUCCCAGCUGACGGCUUUGGAGAACUUGACCACACUCUCCAUCAUCUCUCCUAGCGUAACGGUUUGGCCAAGCCAACACAAGGGCAAAAAGCGCAUUUCCGAACCACAUAAAAAAUGGACCUUUCCGAGUCUGCAAACACUCAACGUCAAUUUAAGCAGUGGAUCUGCUACCAAUUUUUUCAGGGAUUUUUGGGCCCCAAACUUGGUCGACACGAAUAUCAUUUUCAAUAAAGAAACGGAUCGGAACGACCUGUCGCAUGUGAAAAUGGCUCAAUCGAUCAAAAUCAGCACAGGUUCUCUAACAUCGCUCAAUAUCGAAGCACAGUGCCGCGAUUUAAAGCUGCUGAUACCAAGCUCGUUGUUGCCUUCGCUUCUUUGGAGCUGGAGACUCUGCAAGCUUAUGCUCUGCAUUAAUCUCAAUGUCGUUGAGCUCAUAAGUCAUCUGGAACAGGAUCGCACAGUAAGUAAGUGGCCUAAUCUUAAGCUGCUCAAGCUGUAUCCAUCCCCGGAAACUCCCUUCGAGUCGCCUAUACUGCUCACCUCGAUGAAAGACAUCGUACCCGCCUUCCCCAAUUUACAAACUCUAUCAGUGCCAACAUCUUUCCAAAUGACCGCAGAGACGAUCGAGGCCAUGAAAGAGCGGAUCGGGAUGCCACAUCCCUACACGCACCCCUCUUUGGAGGUCCUCCAUCUUGCACCCGUGUCGCAGCCCACUCCGCCGAGCAACAACUGGGACAGCACGAGCGUUGCACAGCGGAGGCGCGAUGCGCAUGCCACGGCGUAUGGCCCUGGGAGCGCGAGCAUCGAAAAGCUCAUUGUUGCUGCGCAGUACAUUGACAGCGUCUUUCCGAAGCUCAGGCGCGUUGAGGCGGAGUCGUGGUAUGUGGACGCGGAGUGGCUUCGAGGUUUGGAAACGGCCGUCGUGACAUUUCAAGAGACAAGGAAGAGGGCGACAAACGCGGCUCAGGCCCGUGCGGACGCGGACUUUGCUUCCUACUUAGAAAAGUGUGAGGCUUGGAAAAGGGAUGGUCUCUUAUAG